AUGAGAUCAAUGAAGCUCGGCCUAUUUCUCCUCGUCAUCGCAGUCGUCGCCGCUCCACUUUGCCUUGCCUUCUCCGACGACUGGACUCACGCCUAUGCUGCCCCCAACUACGACUUUACGACGAAUAAUGAAGACAGCCGACGGCUACUUUUCCAAUAUGGAUUUGCUUAUAAAUAUCCAAAAAAUAAGUAUUUGGGGUAUGAUGCACUUAGGAAGAAUAAUUCCCCCUGCCGCCAUCGUGGUAGAUCUUACUAUGACUGUAAGAAGCGUAGGAAGGCCAACCCUUACCGUCGUGGCUGCAUUGCCAUCACCGGCUGCGCUCGUUUCACCGAUUAA